AUGGUGUUGCCUGAAGGUGUGAGUGAAGAGAGGGUGUUGCCUGAAGGUGUGAGUGAGGAGAGUGUGGUGCAUGAGGGUGUAAGUGAGGAGGGUGUGGUGCAGGAGGUUGUGUGUGAACAGAGGGUGCUACCUGAGGGUGUGAGUGAACAGAGGACUGUGUCUGAAGUUGUGAGUGAACAGGGGGUACAACAAAAGAUUGUUAGCCUGAUUGGGGAGCACAUAUCAGAUGAUGACAGCUUGGAUGAUGAUUAUGAAGCACUGAGUGGGGAUGAAGAAUCUGAUGAUGUGAGCCUUGAUGACUCAGACUUUGAUGAGAGAUGGGAGUGGACUACUGUUUUGCCAACUGGAGAUGUUGAAGCUGUAACUGGUUUGCUUGGUUCACAAAACCCCAAUUCUACCAACUAUGACAGUUUUGAAGAUGAGUAUGGGGACUCUUCAGACCUAGAUACUCCACCCGGAAGUGAUUCAGAUACUGAGGAGAGACCCAAGUUUCCUAAGUUCAAGCAAAAGGAAGAUGAUUCUGAAGUCAGGUUUGAGGUAGGUCAGAUUUUUACUUCUGCUGCUCUUCUUAAGAAUGCAGUGAAGGACUAUGCCUUGCAGAAUAAGAAGAAUGUUUAUUUGGAAAAAAAUGAUCCAAAAAGGGUUGUAGUUAAAUGUGCUGAGGAAUGUGGAUUCUAUCUUAGGGCAUCUAAGUACAAGCAGAACACAUACUUUCAGAUUGUCACAUUAUAUGAUGAUCAUACAUGUGUAAGGACCAGUGCUUUGGUAGAGGAGGCAAAGAUAAGGUGGGGGGUUGUGUUGUCUAGAUUUCAAGCUUACAGAGCUAAAGUAACUGCAUUAGAGAUGAUACAAGGAGAAGUGCUUGAGCAGUAUAGACAUCUUAGGAGUUUUGGUGAAGAACUCCUAAGAAGCAAUCCAGGUAGUACAGUCAAGAUCAAGAGUGUUGCGGGAGCUGGUAAUCCAGUGUUUGAGAGAAUUUACAUUUGUUUUGCUGCCUGUAAGAGAGCCUUUGCAACCUGUUGUAGACCCUUAAUAGGCUUGGAUGGGUGCUUUUUAAAGGGAUUAUAUGGUGGGCAGUUAUUGGCAGCUGUUGGGAAGGAUGGGAAUAAUCAAAUGAUUCCCAUAGCAUUUGCAGUUGUAGAGGCAGAGACAAAGGAUUCAUGGGCUUGGUUUGUGCAACUGCUAAUUGAUGACUUGAAUAGUGUGAGUCCAAAUGCAUGGGCUUUUAUUUCUGAUCAACAAAAGGGAUUGGUACCCACUUUACAAGAGCUGGAUUCAAAUGUGGAGCAUAGACUUUGUGUAAAGCAUUUAUAUGGGAAUUGGAGGAAAAAGUACCCCGGUCAAGAAAUGAAAGGAGCACUUUGGGCAGCGGCUAGAGCAAGUACUGGUCCAGAGUUUGAAAGGGCUAUGGAUCAUAUGAAGACAUUAAAUGAGGAAGCAUGGAAGGAUAUGAUGGAGGUACCAGCCAAGAUGUGGAGUAGAUCAGCUUUUAGUACUAAUACAAUGUGCGAUCUGCAGGUGAAUAAUAUGUGUGAGGCCUUCAAUAGGGCAAUAUUAGAAUGGAGAGAUAAGCCAAUUAUAACUCUAAUUGAAGGCCUCAAAUAUUAUAUCACUAACAGGAUAGUGAAGCAGAGAGAACUGAUGUUAAAGUACAGGGGUACAAUUUGCCCUAUGAUCCAACAAAAGCUAGAGGUGAACAAGCAGAAGGCUGAUAAGUGGAUACCUAUGUGGAAUGGAGAUGGUGGUUACACUUUGUUUGAGGUUAGUAGGAGUCAGACAGACAAGCAUGCUGUGAAUUUAGCUAGAAAGACUUGUUCUUGCAGGAGAUGGGACCUAAGUGGAAUUCCAUGCUGCCAUGCAAUAACUUGUACGUGGCACAACCAUGUGGCACCUGAAGAAUAUGUUCACCCUUGUUAUAGCAAACAAAACUUCUUGGCUACUUAUGAUCACAUUAUCCUGCCAUCUAAUGGGCCCAAGCUGUGGCCUAUUAGUCGAUAUCCUCCACUUGAUCCACCUUUCAUGAGAAGGGCACCUGGGAGGCCCAAAAAGCAGAGGAGAAGAACAAAUGAUGAGCCCAGAGACCCCAAUAGGCUGAGGAGGUACCAGACCACAAUUCAGUGUAGGAGGUGUGGUGAACCAGGGCAUAACAGAAGGACUUGUACUGGUAAACAAGCUGCUGACAGGGCUAUACCAGUGGGAGGGAACAAGGAUAAUUCCCAUAUGCUUCAUCCUGAACAAAGGGCAAAUGGGAGUGGAUCUGCUCAAGCAGGAAAUGAUGUUGCUGUUGAAACUGGUGAACAAGAACAAUUGAUUACUACUAGAAGGAGAACUAGAAGAGCAAGUGGGAGUGGAGCUGCUCAAGAAGGAAAUGAUGUUGCUGUUGAUACUAAUGCACAUGAAGCUGGUCCAACUAGAAGGAGACCUCCAAGGGAAAGUAGAAGGAGACAACCUCAAGGUGAAGCCUCUCAAGCUGCACAUCCAGUUCAAAAUCAGCAACCAAUUCAACUCAGCAGCCAGUUCAAGCACCAUAUCUACUGA